ACACUUUGUUAACGGCAAUCAAAUUACUUCAUUUUUCUGUAAUUUCUAAAGAUGUUCGAUAGAGCAAUGAACCCAGCUGAUGUUGUUUUGAUUUCAAAAACAAAUCUAAUAGUUAAAAUGAGACCUCUUACAGAUGAAGAAACAAAGAAUGUUUUGGAGAAGUUGAUAAAGUAUAUUGGUGAUAAUACUCGCAUGCUAUUAGACAGACCAGAUGGACAAUAUUGCUUCAGACUACACAAAGAUAGGAUUUAUUAUGUGAAAGAGGAAAUAAUGAAAAAAGCUACAAACAUUGGUAGAGAUAAUUUAAUCAGCCUUGGCACAUGUUUUGGAAAGUUUACAAAGUCUGGAAAAUUCAGGCUACAGAUUACUGCCUUGGAUUUCUUAGCGCCUUAUGCAAAGUUCAAGGUAUGGGUGAAACCAAGUGCAGAUCAAUCCUUUCUUUAUGGCAACCAUGUCUUGAAGUCUGGCCUAGGAAGAAUAACUGAAAACACAGGUCAAUAUCAAGGUGUAAUAGUCUACUCGAUGGGAGAUAUUCCUUUGGGCUUUGGUGCAACUGCUAGAUCGACAGAACAAUGUCGUCAUGCUGAUCCAACUGAUAUUGUUUGUUUCCAUCAGGCAGAUGUUGGCGAAUACUUGAGAAACGAAGACACCUUGACGUAAACCGUCUUGUAUAAAAAAGUAUUGUAUUUAUUUCUGAGUUACUUAAUACUUUUAUAUCAUUAUAUCUUUAUCAAAUUGUUUUCAAUAUAAAACAAAACAUAUCACAGUCUUGUGUUGACGUCA